AUUCGACUAUUUCAUUAAACAUCCCUCAAUCAGAUGUAAAACAAUUAAGUCAUUGUCAAUAUGGAAUAGCUAAAUUCAUUUAUUUCUUUUAGCAACAUUUUGUUCAUAAUAUCGUUUCUCAUUAGAGCAGGCUUAGGUGUAUUAAUCUCUUUUUUAUGCGAAAUUCUUCCAAUACGAGUUUUUUUAAAUAAUCUGUUCUUGAAUUUUAGUGGUGCUGAUUUAAGACUUAAUUGAACGAAAAGAAUUGUUUCGGAAAGCAAUAGCAUGUUGCUUUUCCUGAAACUUUAUUGUAUAGAUUAUUUCUACCUCCUUGUCGAUUUCCCGCGUAAUUACAAAAGGUUAUGUUUGUAAUUUGAGUAUACAAUUUAAGAGCAGUGUUUGAUUAAAUUCAAUUUUAUGAUGGAUGAAGAUAUCUCUCCUCAGUCUGCAGAUGAAUUAUCUCCAAGCACUGCUGAAGAUUCGUCUCCAAAGACUUCUGAAGACAUGUCUCCUAGGAAUGCUGAAGAUUUAGGUGCUAAAUGUAAAGAAAGUGCUCGAGAUGAUAACUUUUAUAUCACAUCUUCAAUACCUGACAUAUGUAAAAAACAACAUUGUAUACUUGGGAUUGAUGAAGCUGGAAGAGGGCCAGUUCUAGGGCCGAUGGUAUAUGGAGUUUGUUAUUGCCCCAAGUCAAAAGAAGACGAUCUCAAAGAGACUGGUUGUGCCGAUUCUAAAACUCUAACUGAAGAGAAAAGAGAAAAUAUUUUUGAGAAAAUAUGUAAACAUUCAGAAUAUAUUGGCUGGGAAGUAGAAGUUAUAUCUCCUUCAAUUAUAAGCACUUCGAUGUAUCGUAGACAAAAAAUUUCUCUUAAUGAAAUUUCUCAUAAUUCGGCCAUUGGGCUGUUAAAAAGAGCUUUGGAUGCUGGGGUUCUAGUGACAGAAGUUUUUGUGGACACUGUCGGUCCAGCAGAAAAAUAUGAAGCAAAAUUAAAAAACAUAUUUCCUGAAUUAUCUAUUACUGUUGCUAAAAAAGCUGAUUCAACUUACCCUAUUGUUGGAGGAGCCAGCAUUUGUGCUAAAGUUACUAGAGAUCGAGCUCUCAAAACAUGGACUUUCUCUGAAAUUGAAACCAUGGAAAGCUGGGGUAGCGGCUAUCCCACAGAUCCUGUUACAAAAAAGUUUUUGAUGAGUACAAUGGAUCCAGUUUUUGGGUUUCCUAAAUUGGUGAGGUUUAGUUGGUCGACAGCAGAGAAAAUCCUUGAUGAGCAUGCUAUUCAAGUAGAUUGGGAGGAAGAGGAAUCUUCAAAAGGGACGCAGUCUGUUAAAACAUUCUUUUCUCCUGGCGAUAAAAAGAAGCAUAGAUUUUUCAAAGAUCGAUUUUUAACAAAUACGGUUGAACUUUAAAUGUUUUUUAAAUAUUUAUUUACUUAGGAAAAUAUUUUUAUUAAAAGACAUAAUUGCUGUCAAGAAUUCUAUGUAAAUAAAAAAUAUGUGUAUGUAUGAAAUAUUUCAUUGUAAAUUAAAUUAAAAUUUUAAAAAUACCAUAUCAAUUAUUAUUCAUUGUUUAAUAUAGCUUCAAUGCUAUCGAUUUAUUUAAAACAGGCAAAUCUAAAAUAUUGUUAAAAUUGAUAAAAUAUCUUGGUUCAAGUUUGUAAUUUGUAAUUAACAUAAUAAUGUUUUGAUUCAGGUGAAUAUAGUCAUUUUCUACUUUCAUUAAAAAAAUUAAUGAAUAAAAUAAAAUUUAUC